AUGCCCGAGGAUGGGGUCCGCUUAGACCAAGCAGAGCCGCAGGCUCCCAUGUGGUCUACGCAUGAUCCUGCCUGCGAUCAGUGUCGAUCUAAGAAGCAACGCUGUGAACGGCAACGGCCAGUAUGUAGCAACUGUAAACGGUUGAACCUAGUCUGCGACUACUCUGGGCGAGGAAAGAAGCCCAACCAGAACACCGAACUUAUUCGCCGAUUACGCCAGGCAGAAAGUCGCAUUAAUAGUCUUGAAACAUCUCUGUCUCGAAUUCAACCCUACCUCGACAGGAUUGAGGCUGAAUCAGUGCUGUUUAGUCUUCCCGCAGCGGGAGAGCUAUCAUCGACCUGUACGACUGGUCUCGAACUUACCCAAAGUGACAGCUUUGAAUGGCCACCGAGUCCUCCUGAGGUUCAGCAGCAGCUCUCGGAAGAAAGAGGCAGCAUCACAUGUCUCGCAGUAGCCUGCACGAAGAUCGCAGUUGCAAAAUAUGCUGGAAACAAUCAAACAAGUGGACCGUUAGCCACGCUGACCUCAUCUCUGCGACAGAUCUCCGAGCUCCAGGAGAAGCUCCAGGACGGAAUGAAUAUGAGGGUCACAGUAUUGAGACCUCCGUUGGCUAUACUGCAAGCGAUGGCGAUAACAUACUUCGACAUGCUGAACGAUUCGUUCCCUAUGUUCUCCAGGGACAAAAUUGAGGAGCACAUGGAACAUUACGACGAGUCUUGGAACGACAGCCAGGACGUUGCCUACUCGCUCUGCUUCAAUAAUAUCAUUCUCCUGACUCUUAUGGCCAAAGUUCGACGCCACCUUGCACAGGAUGUGCCAGCUGUAAUUGAGUUGGAGCUCCUAAAAACAUUCUCGGACAACGCGUUGGGAGCGUUCGGGAGCCUGGAAUCCCUUCUUUAUCCCAGGAUAGCGAAUGUGCAAGCAUUGCUUUCUCUGGUGAGGCCGUUGAUUCUCUGGAGCUUCUGUCAAAACCUGUACUGA